CCCCGGCCGCCCCCCGCCGCCGGCCCGCAGGGGAGCGGCGCGGGGCAGCUGGAGGAGAUCAACACCAAGGAGGUGGCACAAAGGAUCACGGCGGAGCUGAAGCGCUACAGCAUCCCGCAGGCCAUCUUCGCCCAACGAGUGCUGUGCCGCUCCCAGGGGACCCUCUCGGACUUGCUGCGGAACCCCAAGCCCUGGAGUAAACUCAAGUCCGGCCGGGAGACGUUCCGCAGGAUGUGGAAGUGGCUGCAGGAGCCGGAGUUCCAGAGGAUGUCUGCCCUGCGGCUGGCAGCCUGCAAACGCAAAGAGCAAGAGCCCAACAAAGAGCGGAACAACUCCCAGAAGAAAUCCCGGCUGGUUUUCACGGACCUCCAGCGCCGAACGCUUUUUGCCAUCUUCAAGGAGAACAAGCGUCCCUCCAAAGAGAUGCAGAUCACCAUCUCGCAGCAGCUGGGCCUGGAGCUCACCACCGUCAGCAACUUCUUCAUGAACGCGCGCCGGCGCAGCCUGGAGAAGUGGCAGGAGGACCUGAGCUCCGGGGGCUCCUCCUCGGCCCCCAGCACCUGCAGCAAGGCGUGAGGGGCACGGCACGGCCCGGCACGGCCCGGCACGGCACGGCACGGCGCAGAGAGAGCGGCUCCAGCACGGCCCCGCCCGCGACCUAAAGCACAAUCCCCGCAGCCACCCCGCCCAGCUGGUCCCCAGCACGUCCCCAGGGCUCUCCAGCCUCCACACCCACCUCUCUCCACACGAUACUAUGCUCAGGACAGGCGAAGCACGGCUGAAACGGAGGGAGCCCUUGGGGCAGGUUUCUGCUGAGCCCCGGGCUCCUGUGGCCGCACCACCCCGCGGCCACGCGACAACGGAGCACAAAGUCGGAUACUGAAAACCCAAACCCCGUUUUUAAACUCAGGCCUGGUUUUGUUAAG